AUGAGAAAACACCACUCUGGGCAUCAUGGACAUCGUGGACAUCAUCAUCGUUGUGGGAAACAUCACCAUCACCCCCACCCGAUCGGACCCAAGGAAGCAGAAGCGUUAUUCCUCAAAGUCCCUAACAACGAUAGUGUCGCAGCGGCGUCUAAGCGGUACACUGCCUACCCCCACCUCGCCGGCACCGGGGAAGAUCUAUUUUCUGCCUUGACCUUGAAAGCAGAGUAUGAAGAGUUCCUGGGCAUCCCCUUUUCGGCUCCUUACGACAAGAUCUGGCCGGCUGGAACACCUGAGAAUCAGGCUGCUAUUCGUGAUCUGAAGGACAAAGACGAGCCUGAAGUUUGGAUCGAUACUUACUACCCGUUGAUGAACAAGCCCGUUUCGAGGUCGGUUGAUAUCCUUCUGCCCGAUGGUAACGGAGCCGUGGAAUGGUCAGCCAAACUCCGGGAGGAUAUCGUGGAAGGCGAUCCCGAUUCCGUAUUCCGGGACGAGGUGCCUACCUUUCACGGCUUGUCGGUCUCUGGCAACGUCACCGGCAAGAUUCUGUUUGCGGGUUAUGGGAGCAAGCAAGACUUCGAAGCCCUAGAAGCGAAUGGCUACGAUUUGCGCAAGGAACCCACAAUCGUCCUCGUCAAGUAUGGGAAAGUCUUUCGAGGACUCAAGGUCAAGGCUGCUCAAGAAGCCGGGGCGAUCGGAUGUCUGAUCUACUCUGAUCCCGGUGAUGAUGGCGAAAAGACCAUCAAGAAUGGUCACAUGCCGUAUCCAAAAGGCCCGGCCAGACAGCCGUCCAGCGUACAGAGGGGUAGCGUGCAGUUCCUCAGUAGCUACCCAGGCGAUCCAUCCACACCAGGAUAUCCCGCCUAUAAGAACGCCAGCCGAGUUCCGGGAGGCAAUUUCCCGGCGAUUCCGUCUUUACCUAUCAGCUAUGAGGACGCGCUGCCACUACUUCGCAUGGUGGAGGGACAUGGACGACUCGCUAAAGAGGUCGGGGCCGACUGGGAGGGUGGUCUCACUGAUGAAGUUGAAUACUGGACCGGACCGAGCCAAAAGGACGUACGGUUCGUGAACGAGGUGGAUACGAAAGAGACUCCAAUUUGGUCGGUAUUCGCUUACAUCCCGGGGCAUAUCAAGGACGAAGUCGUCGUCAUUGGUAACCACCGCGAUGCGUGGGUUCUAGGCGGGGCUGACCCAUCUUCAGGUACGGCCACCGUACAUGAGAUCAUGAAAGGGUUGGCAGCGCUCAGACAAAGAGGCUGGAAGCCAAUGCGAUCGAUCUUGAUCGCCAGCUGGGAUGCCGAAGAGUACGGUCUCAUAUCAUCCACCGAGUUCUGCGAGGACUUUGGCGAAUGGCUGCAACAGAACGUCGUGGCGUAUCUGAACAUCGAUGUCUCGGUCUCCGGCUCGAACUUUCAUGGUGCGGCAUCUCCAUCUUUAGCCAACUUAUUACGGAACGCAGCGAUGGAGAUUGAACACCCUAGCGACCCGCACCGAACCUUGUGGGAGAUGAAAGACGGAGGCGACUGGACAAGCUACAACGCGGAUGUGAAGGGGCACUUCCAAGAAGACAUGUAUUCGUCUAGCACCAACUCGAUCGGCAUCAAGGCGCUUGGAUCUGGAUCCGAUUACACCGCGUUCUUACAGAGAUUCGGAAUUGCGAGUACGGACAUGGGCUAUGGAGGCGGGCCAAACGACCCCCCAUAUCACUACCACUCCAUCUACGAUUCGCACACGUGGCAAGCGCGAUACGGUGAUCCGGGAUUCCACAAACACGCCGCGGCUGCGAAGAUGCUCGGCUUGAUGACUUUGCGAGUUGCAGACUCCAUUCUCCUGCCUUUCAACUUGACCCAAUACGCCCAAGACCUCUCAUUAUAUCUGGCCAAAGUCGAGGGUAUCGCCAAGACCCAGAAGUUUGAGGUGAACUUCGAUGGGCUCAGGGAUUCGAUAGGCCUGCUGCAAAACGCCACGAUCUCGCUUCAGCACCACUCGAACGCUCUUUUGAAACGUCUCGCAGAGCUUUCACCCCGAGCGGGAUCUCCUCAUCUCUCGCUCGUUUCUCGAAAGAAUGCCAUUGGCAAGGUUUUAAAGGAGCUCCGGUCGAUUAAUAAGAAAUUGGCUGGCUUCGAGUCUGGUUUCCUCUCGGCCGAAGGUAUUAAAGAAAGGGAAUGGUAUAAGCACAAAGGCACUGCUCCUGGAAAGUGGCUUGGUUACGGGGCCACGACCUUCCCCGGCUUGACGGAGGCCAUGACGAUCGAUCGAGACGUCAAGGCGGCACAACGCGAAGCAGACGAAUUGACGUAUCUGAUUCAGAAGAUGUCAGAGCGAUUGAUGGUCACGCAGUAA